AUGGAUUCUUUAAGCCUUUCCGUGAACGGCGUGUCCUACACCGAGGCGGCAGACACCUCCGAGCCCGACGACCCUUUUAGAGGACCCGUCAAGAGCAUCGCCCCCUGGAAUUUCACCAUCCUGGCUGUGGUCAUGUUCGUCGUGACGUCGUUGUCCCUGGGCGAGAAUUUCGUGGUGAUGUUGGUCACGUUCAAAUUCAAACAGCUUAGGCAGCCCUUGAAUUAUAUCAUAGUCAAUUUGGCUAUCGCCGACUUCCUCGUCUCCCUGACCGGUGGAGCCAUAAGUUUCCUGACCAACGCCAGGGGCUAUUUCUUCCUCGGGACCUGGGCGUGCGUCUUGGAGGGCUUCGCCGUCACGUUUUUCGGGAUCGUGGCCCUGUGGUCCCUGGCGGUGCUGUCGUUUGAGCGCUUCUUUGUGAUCUGCCGGCCCCUGGGGAACAUCCGUCUGCGAGGGAAGCAUGCGAUGUUGGGCCUGCUGUUCGUCUGGACCUUCUCCUUCAUCUGGACCUUCCCCCCCGUGCUGGGCUGGAAUAGCUACACCGUUAGCAAAAUCGGAACCACCUGCGAGCCGAACUGGUACUCUACUGACAUUGUGGAUCACAGCUACAUCAUCACGUUCUUCACCACCUGCUUCAUUCUGCCUUUGGGAGUGAUCAUCUUCUGCUAUGGGAGGCUGCUACGGAAGCUGAGGAAGGUGUCUCAUGGCCGUCUGGCCAACGCCAGGAAGCCAGAGCGUCAGGUGACCAAGAUGGUGGUGGUGAUGAUUGUGGCGUUCAUGGUGGGCUGGACACCGUACGCAGCCUUCUCCAUCGUGGUCACGGCUUGUCCGACCAUCUACCUGGAUCCGAGGCUGGCCGCCAUCCCCGCCUUUUUUUCCAAGACUGCUACCGUCUACAACCCUGUCAUUUACGUCUUCAUGAAUAAACAGUUCAGGAAGUGCCUAAUCCAGCUCUUCACUGGCGUGGGGACCAUACCAGAGAGCAACCUGAACCAGACUUCAGACCGACCAGGAAUGACGGCUGAGAGUCAAACAGGAGAAAUGUCCGCCAUCACCUCCCGUAUUCCUGUGGGCGGCAUUGUGUCACCCAAAUCUGAGGAUCCACCCAGCAACUGUAGCUCCUCUGCUCAGCUGCCCAUCCCGGAGAACAAAGUGUGUCCUAUGUAAUUGGGAAAACCCAUCCCUCUCAUUGU